AUGGAGGACAUCUUGAAGAUUCAAAAAUCUAUCGUCUUCGAUGAGUCAGUUUCUCACUAUGAGAUGCAUACCGAUCAACCCUUUGCUUCAUCAAGCUAUAGUAACAAUGAUGGAAUUUCUAUUACUGUGCAACAUCAAGAUUUAUGUUUAUUACCCAGUAAGAGUCAUCUGCAUAUUUAUGGUCGAUUAACCAAAGAUAAUGGAACAACACCAACCGAGAGAACAAGACUCGUGAGUAACGCUAUCUGUCAUCUGUUUGAGGAAGUGCGAUAUGAGCUCAAUGGUGUGGAGAUUGAUCGAGCGAAAAACGUGGGCUUAACGAGUCUCAUGAAAAAUUAUGUUUCUCAGAGUCCUAACCAGCGGUUUUUGAUGGAGAAUGCCGGUUGGCUCAAGAAUGAUAGUAUGGAUAGUAAUGAGACAAUCACUGAUAAUGCAGGAUAUUUCGACAUCUCUAUACCAUUAAGUCUUCUACUUGGCAUUGCUGAAGAUUAUCAGAAGAUUGUUGUGAAUGCAAAACAUGAACUCAUUAUUACGAGAUCGAAAACAGACAUCAGUGCAGUACUCCAGAGGGCUGUCAAUCAACAAAACCCUGAGGAGAAAUGGAAGAUUAAGCUCCAAAAGAUUGAGUGGAUGAUCCCCUAUGUUAAAGUGUCGGAUGAGCGCAAGCUGGAACUGCUCAAUUUCAUCGCAAAAGACACACCCAUUACAAUGGGCUUUCGUACAUGGGAAUUGUAUGAGUAUCCUCUUCUCCCAGCAACCUCGAAGCGUGUUUGGGUCGUGACGACAUUAUCUCAAUUGGAGAAACCAAGAUAUGUUAUUCUUGGAUUCCAAACGAAUCGUAAAAACACCCAGACAGCCAAUGCGAGCCACUUCGAUCAUUGCAGUAUCCGAGAUGUGAAGCUUUUCCUCAACUCAGAGAGCUAUCCAUAUGGCAAUUUGAAUUUGGAUAUUGCCCUCAAUCAGUAUUCAACCCUAUACAACAUGUACGUGAACUUUCAAGAGUCUUACUAUGGAAAGGAAGCUGAGCCAUUAUUAAAUAGAGAGAAAUUUUUAACAGACGCACCAUUAAUUAUAAUCGAUUGUUCUAAGCAGAAUGAGUAUUUGAAAACCGGACCAGUUGAUAUUCGUCUGGAAUUUGAAUCAUCAUUUCCUUUUGCACCCAACACCUCAGCGUACUACCUUAUCCUCCAUGAUCGAAUUGUUGAAUACAAUCCCAUCAGUGGAGGAGUUAAGAAACUAAUGUAA